AUGUCGGCUCCUGCGUUGUCAGCGUCAGAAGAACGUCCACGUGGCACCUCCACAUUGAUCUUCUGGUUAAGGCAGGGGAAUAGCUCCAGGAAGGAGAGGUCAGGCGGAGCAUCGUGUCCGUCGGAUGUGCCUCGAGUGGACGAUGAAUACGAGAUCCAACGGCUGAGGAAAUCGAAGGUGAAGCGCAAGGCAGAGGCGAGCACAGGGGAUGACGAGCACAGAAGCAUUGAGGAACAGCAGGAGCUGGCGCAUCAGCGGGUGGAGCAGCAGGGGCUGGGGCAGCAGGAGCGAGAGCAAGAGCAAGAGCAAGCACGGCAGGAGGGGCUGGAGCAGGGGCGGGAGCAGGCAGGGCAGUUGGAGCAGAAUAUCGAGAGGCGUGGUGAGGAUGAGCGGCAGGAGGGUGUGCACGAGGGGCGAGAUCAGACGCACUCGCUGCGAUUGCAGGAGGAGCUUCCGACAAGUCCGAGAGAGCAUUCGACAAGUCCGAGAGAGGCCCAUACUCUGCUGGAACAGCUGGGUUCGGAGCGGCCGGAGCAGCUGCUGCAGCAGCGGCCGCAGCAGAAACAGCAGCAGCAGCAGCAGCGGCAGCGGAAGCAGGUGCAGGCGUGUUUGGACUUUGGGCAGAAGGACCUGCUGCACACCACGUGCCGUGUGUGCGGAUUCGUGUUUGCUAAAGGUCUCAAGGCGGACGAGAUGGCACACGAUGCACACCACAGAUUGUUCUGCGGCACUGUAAUAAUUCAGAAGGACCUGCUGCACACCACGUGCCGUGUGUGCGGAUUCGUGUUUGCCAAGGGGCUUAAAGCGGACGAGAUGGCGCAUGAGGCGCAUCACAAGCUGUUCUGUGGCACUGUCACCAUCCAGGGGCUUAAAGCGGAUGAAGCAGCACAUGACGCACAUCACAAGCUGUUCUGUGGCACUGUCACCAUCCAGGGAUGGAGGAACGAGCGCGUUGUGCACACUGUUUCAGAGAGCACUAGGGACACACGCAACGCAUGCUCCACAGGAGCAGGGGCCGCAGAGACCGCAGCAGGCAGAAUAGUGCUCAUCACCCACGCAGACUGCACAGCUGUGCAGCUGGCAAAGGUGCGUUACUGUGCGCUUGACAGCGGUGCUAUCUGUGCACUGCAGUGCACUGUGCUGCGCGGCAGUGUUGGAGAGGGCAAUGGGUGUGAGUCCCACGUGGCUGCUGCUGGCACUUUUCUCACCUCUUUCGCCUUGCCUCUCUGCGCCCUAUCCCCUUAUCGUACCAUCCAGAUGCAAGAAAUAGCGGCGGUACUGGAGAGGGGAAUGGGUGUGAGCCCCACGUGGCUGCUGGGCGGCCAAUGGAAGGCGUAUCUAUACAUUCGUGGGAGGCAGCUGGUGGGGUGCCUUCAUCUCCUAUGUCCAUGCCUGCUCACUCUCCCCGUCUUUCCUCUCACUUUCCCCUCGCACCCGCUUGAUUGGCCACCUUCCUUCCCCCUCUCCCCACCCCCUUUGCCUGCCGAGUACAUCACCUUUGCCUGCUCACUCUGCCCAUCUUGCCUCUCCAUCUUGCCUCACCAUCUUGCCUCUCCAUCUCUCACUGCCUCCUCCCCCACCUCCUUCCCCCCCUCCCGCUGCCUGCCACACAUCCCCCCCACCACAGCGUCUCCUUCCCCUAUGCCUGCACGCUCUCACCAACCAACUCCCCACUUUUUUUCCCCUUUGUCAACCACCCCCCUUUUCCCCCUCCCCUCCCAACUGGCCCACCCCUGGCCGCUCUUGCUUGGUGUUCAUUCCACUGCACCAUCGCCUUCCCCUAUGCCUGCUCUCUCAAGGAUCGAUUCCUCUCAUUUCUUGCCCGCACCCCCUUUCCUGGUCAUGUCUCAAUUCUCCAUCCCCCCAUCCCAUUGUCUUGCCAUCCCCCCAUCCCAUUGUCUUGCCAUCCCCCCAUCCCAUUGUCUUGCCAUCCCCCCAUCCCAUUGUCUUGCCAUCCCCCCAUCCCAUUGUCUUGCCAUCCCCCCAUCCCAUUGUCUUGCCAUCCCCCCAUCCCAUUGUCUUGCCAUCCCCCCAUCCCAUUGUCUUGCCAUCCCCCCAUCCCAUUGUCUUGCCAUCCCCAUUCCACCGCAGCAUCUCCUUCGCCUAUGCCUGCACGCUCGCACUGACUCAGAUCGCAUUCUCGCAGCCAACCGAGUCAGGCAGGGCCUUCACUGCUGCGCCUGA